AUGGAUCAGGAAUCCUUGGUGAGUGUUUUGGAUGGUUUGCUAAGCAAACAUCACCAGCGGCUACUCCUGCAGUUAGAACAUAUUUUGGAUAGGCGGCGGCAACUGAACUCAGUGGUUUCAUCUCAGGGGACAGACCUUUUAGCGGCACCGCCCCUUGUCAUCCCUUUGCCACCAGAGAUCGAGAAAGAGCCGACGUUUCAAUCAGGGCUGGCAGAGCGCCAGGAACGCCCCUCACUGGGCGAAUCCGAGAUGGUCUCGCGCAUGCAGACAUUGGCUUCACUGCACUCCACCAACAUGCCCCCAGUGAUUCGCGAUACUUCACUGGACAGAUCAGGAUCGUAUGAGUUGGCCAAGCAGGCAAGCAAGCGCAUCAGAGACUCCCUGCCCUCGUCAGAGGCUCCUGAGUUGCCCAGCAUUGGCGUUAGUUGCUUGCGCCGUUCGCAAGCCAGUCUUCUUGAGCUCGUGAACUCUUUGAAGUUCGAAACCUUCUUUGCAGCCGUCAUUGCAACGAAUUCAGUCUUCAUCGGAAUCACCAUCCAGUGGGAAUCCUCUCAGAGGACUUUGAAAGUCCCCUCAGCCAUGUUCUUCGUCCAGUUGGCGUACACAAUGAUCUUUCUGUUGGAGGUGCUCCUGAAAGUCUUGGCGCUUGGUUUGCGUGAUUUCUUUUGUUCUGCCAACUGGGGCUGGCACUGGUUUGAUGUUUUUGUGGUCGCCUCUGCAGUCUUCGAGUGCAUUGUAGAAGUUGUAACUCAAGACCCUCAGCUUUCCGGUUCGAGUAGCAACCUGCGCAUCCUGCGCGUUCUUCGGAUGACACGGCUGACACGGAUCUUUCGGGUCAUCCGCGUGGUGCGCUUCUUCCGCUCCUUGCGGACGCUAGUCUUCUCCAUAGCCAACACCCUGAAGUCGCUGUUUUGGGCAAUGCUUCUUCUGGCACUGAUCAUGUAUGUUUUUGCUAUUUUGUUCACAGAUAUCGUCAACAGCUACAUGCUCGAGAAUGAGGGCGUGGAGAGUGCCGGGGAGCUUGAGAAGUACUUUGGAACACUGCACAUCUCCGUGCACACGUUAUUCAUGUCAAUCUCAGGCGGGCUAACGUGGAAGGAUGCCUCUGGGGCUUUGGCCGAAAUCAGCUGGCUUUGGGUGUAUGUGUUCACGUCCUACAUAGCCUUUUCAUGCUUCGCAGUCUUAAACGUGAUGACAGGGGUCUUCUGCCAAUCAGCGAUUAAGGGGGCGGAGCGAGAUCAGGAAAUGGUUGUGCAGUCUUUGAUCAUGGACAAGCAACAAUUGAAACAGUCACUAACCAAGCUGUUUCAGAAGAUGGACGAUGAAGGCAACGGGUCUCUGACCCUCACACACUUCGAGAAGCACUUCCAGGAUGAGGAAGUCAAAGUCCUUUUUGAGGCCCUCGAGCUGGGAGCCACCGAUGCUUGGACUUUGUUCCUGAGCCUUGACCACAACGAGGAUUACCUGAUUUUGCCCGAGGAGUUCCUGGAGGGAUGCCUUCAACUGCGGGGCACAGCCAAGGCCAUUGAUGUGUUCAUGCUGCGAAGGCAGAUAAACAAGUUGAUCAUGCACAUGACCGAGACAGCACUUACUCAACAACACCUAGUGCAGACGCUCGCUGACAUGCAGAGCGCGGAGCAGCAAAGCAGUUGCCAACUAGAUACCGGCGACAGUUGA